UGACAGGGUGGCAGCCUAGGAGCGGACGCGUUGCCGCCGCUGCCGCUCCACCUCCUCCUCCUCCUGCAGCUCCUCUCGCUGCUGCCGCCGCCACCGCCGGGAGAAGUUUCACUCCCGACCCUCGCUCGGAGCGAGGACCCAGAGCGGAGCGGGGAGCGCGGCCGGCAGCUGCAACCCGCAGUGGGCCAGGCGCCCGGAGCGCUCUGACCCGGAGCCGGCGUCGGCGCCUCGGCGGCGGGCAGCGGCCCGAGCUGGGGGCGCUGAGGCGGAGGAGGGGCGGGUGUGAGCCGAGGGACCCGCGCGCAGCGCCACAGCCGCUCAGCUAGCGUCCGCGCCGGGGGCAGUCGCGAUGGCCGUGCGCUCCCGCCGCCCAUGGAUGAGCGUGGCACUGGGGCUGGUGCUAGGCUUCACCGCCGCGUCCUGGCUCAUCGCCCCUAGAGUGGCCGAGCUGAGCGAGAGGAAGAGACGCGGCUCCAGCCUCUGCUCCUACUACGGCCGCUCGGCCGCUGGCCCCGGCGCUGGCGCGCAGCAGCCGCUCCCCGAACCUCAGCCCCGGCCGCGGCUGGAGCAUUCGCCGCCCCCCGCGCGCCAGGAGCUCCAGGGGCCGCCGCCGCUGGCAGAGGCAGCGCCCGGGGUAACCAGUUUUCGGAGCAGCCCCUGGCAACAGCCACCCCCGCUGCAGCAGCGGCGACGAGGACGCGAGCCCGAAGGCGCAACGGGGCUGCCAGGCGCCCCCGUGGCAGAAGGGGAGCCCGAGGAGGAGGACGGGGGCGCGGUUGGGCAGCGCAGAAGCGGCCGGCCGGGGAGCAGCCACAACGGCAGCGGGGACGGGGGCGCCGCCGCCCCGAGCUCCCGACCCCGGGAUUUCCUGUACGUGGGAGUGAUGACCGCGCAGAAGUACCUGGGCAGCCGCGCGCUAGCGGCGCAGCGGACCUGGGCGCGCUUCAUCCCCGGCCGCGUGGAGUUUUUUUCCAGUCAGCAGUCCCCCAACGCCGGGAUAAGCCAGCCCCCGCCACCCCUGCCUGUCAUCGCGCUACCGGGGGUGGACGACUCCUACCCUCCCCAGAAAAAGUCCUUCAUGAUGAUCAAGUACAUGCACGACCACUACCUGGACAAGUAUGAGUGGUUUAUGCGCGCCGACGACGACGUCUACAUCAAAGGUGAUAAGUUAGAAGAGUUUCUUCGAUCACUGAAUAGCAGUAAACCUCUCUACCUGGGUCAGACUGGCCUGGGGAAUAUUGAAGAACUUGGAAAAUUGGGGCUGGAGCCUGGAGAGAACUUCUGUAUGGGAGGACCUGGCAUGAUCUUCAGUCGAGAGGUUCUCAGGAGAAUGGUGCCACAUAUUGGUGAAUGCCUCAGAGAAAUGUACACAACUCAUGAGGACGUUGAAGUAGGAAGAUGUGUUCGACGCUUUGGUGGGACUCAGUGCGUCUGGUCUUACGAGAUGCAACAACUGUUCCAUGAAAAUUAUGAACAUAAUCGGAAGGGUUAUAUCCAAGACCUUCACAAUAGCAAAAUCCAUGCAGCCAUAACACUUCACCCCAACAAAAGGCCUGCCUACCAAUACAGGCUUCAUAAUUACAUGCUCAGCCGCAAAAUUUCUGAACUUCGCUACCGCACCAUCCAGCUCCACCGGGAGAGUGCUUUGAUGAGCAAGCUCAGUAACAGCGAAGUGAGUAAAGAGGACCAGCAGCUGGGAGUAAUGCCUUCUUUCAACCACUUCCAGCCUCGGGAGAGAGAUGAAGUGAUAGAAUGGGAGUUCCUGACGGGGAAACUCCUUUACUCAGCAUCUGAGAACCAGCCUCCUCGACAGAACAUCAACAGCAUCCUGAGAACAGCACUGGAUGACACCGUGCUACAGGUGAUGGAGAUGAUCAAUGAAAACGCCAAGAGUAGGGGACGGCUCAUUGACUUCAAGGAAAUUCAGUAUGGCUACCGCAGGGUUGAUCCCAUGCAUGGGGUGGAAUACAUUUUGGAUUUACUCCUCUUGUAUAAAAGACACAAGGGGAGGAAACUGACUGUGCCAGUGAGACGUCAUGCUUAUCUUCAGCAGUUGUUCAGCAAGCCUUUCUUCAGAGAAACUGAAGAGCUAGACGUCAACAGCCUUGUGGAGAGUAUUAACAGCGACACUCAGUCAUUCUCCUUUAUAUCUAAUUCUUUAAAGAUACUAUCUUCUUUUCAAGGUGCCAAAGAAAUGGGAGGGCACAAUGAAAAGAAAAUACACAUUCUUGUUCCUCUCAUUGGAAGGUAUGACAUUUUCUUGAGAUUCAUGGACAACUUUGAAAAAACUUGUCUUAUUCCAAAGCAGAAUGUAAAGCUGGUCAUCACCCUUUUCAGUAGGGAUUCUGGCCAAGAUUCCAACAAGCAUAUUGAGCUGAUAAGAGAGUAUCAGAACAACUACCCUAAAGCAGAAAUUACCUUGAUCCCCAUGAAGGGAGAGUUCUCCAGAGGUCUCGGUCUUGAAGUGGCUUCUUCCCAGUUUGACAAUGAUACUUUGCUGCUAUUUUGUGAUGUUGACUUGAUCUUCAGAGGAGACUUUCUCCAACGGUGUAGAGACAAUACAGUUCAGGGACAACAGGUGUACUACCCCAUCAUCUUUAGCCAGUAUGACCCAAAGGUAACCAAUGGGGGAAAUCCUCCCACUGAUGAUGACUUUGUCUUCUCAAAGAAGACUGGAUUUUGGAGAGACUAUGGAUAUGGAAUUACCUGUAUUUAUAAAAGUGAUCUUCUGGGUGCAGGGGGAUUUGAUACCUCAAUACAAGGCUGGGGACUGGAAGAUGUAGAUCUCUACAAUAAAGUUAUUCUGUCUGGCUUAAGGCCUUUCAGAAGCCAAGAAGUGGGAGUGGUGCAUAUUUUCCAUGCAGUUCAUUGUGACCCUAACUUGGAUCCUAAGCAGUAUAAGAUGUGCUUAGGAUCCAAGGCAAGUACUUUUGCCUCAACCAUGCAACUGGCUGAACUCUGGUUGGAAAAACAUUUGGGUGUCAGGUACAAUCGAACUCUCUCCUGACAGUCCGGGCAACACAUAUUGCCUUUUUAAAGGGGAGUUUACCUCAUUGUUGGUUGUUGUUAUUUUUAUUUUAUUAUUGUUAUUUUUAUUAUUAUAAUUAUUAUUGUUAUAAUUUUAUUUUGUUAUCCUGGUCUUAAACUACUCUUGGUUGUCUUCCAAAGGGUGUUUGUUGACCUCAAGCAAGAAGAGUCUGCAGUUCACUGAUAUUUCAGAUUUCUACUGAAGUCAAUUAUGUAUUACUUUUAUAUAUCUUUAUUUGAGAUUGAGUUAAAUCGUGGCAAUCAAAUGACUUUUGAAACUCAUUCAUCAUGAGAGACAGCUUAGAAGAAUGUUCUCUUGAGGCUUAAAGAUGCAAUAUCGACUUUUAUUUUAUUUGUUACAUUCAAUGUGAUACAACUAUUUACUGGUGAAAGGUACCACAAAAGUGCUUUAUGCUUCCUAUGGGGAAGGGACUCUGUAACAUAAACUUGAGUUUUGUAAUUUAUACAAGGACUUAAAUAUAUAGACAAUAAUUUUCUUCAUCUUUAGAAUUUUUAAAGUAAAUGAACACUUCCGAUUGUAUGUUUAUUUUUUAAAAAAAGUUUUAAAAAUUGAGGAGUUUUGUUCCACAAGCAACCGGUACUGGCUACCCUGGUCUUCUGACAAUUAUGUACUCCUCACAACUGUCUGCUAUAAAUGCGAAUGAACUUUAUUUUCUCAAGGAAAUAUGAUUUAAUUAAAUAUUCAUGUACAUUUUAGAAGCUUUAUGAAACAAUGUCCUUCAUUUGCUGGCAAGAAGAUAAAAUAUGACAGAACCUGGUUAUUUAUAAUAAAACACAGGUAUAACAGUAAUCCCUUUUUCAAAAACCCUGAA